AUGCCGCAUAAACAUACACGCAGAGAAAAGGAUCCUUCCACAUACGAUCUACCCCCUUCGCAGAUCGCAAGGCCUUUACCAGUAACGUCGCAAUCGCAGAAAAAUGAAGCAGGGAAGCAGGCCCAAGGUCAGCCUGGGAAGGGCCAAAAGCGGAAGCGAGAUGUGAAACAGAAAGAUGAUGCGCCUCGAGCGUUCAAAAGGCUGAUGGCCUUUGCCGGAGGCAAGAAACCGCGGUCCGGAUUAGAUAAUGGCGAUGAACCGUCCAAAAAAAGCAAAAAGAAGAAAGCCAACACUGUAACGAACACCGAGAUCGAAACCAAAACAGAAACAAAUACAGAAAAGCAGCUUCCUAAAAUCCAACCUGGCGAGCGGAUGUCGGAUUUCGCAGCUCGAGUAGAUGCCGCGCUUCCUAUCAGUGGUUUGAUCAACAAUUCGGUUAGGAAUGGCAAAGAUCCCCUAGGCCUAAAAGUAUGGAAGACAAAAAAGGAAAUGAAGAUGCACAAGUUAUACGACGAAUGGCGAGAAGAAGAUCGGAAGAUUAAGGAAAAGAAAGAAGAAGAACUAGAACUCUUAGCAGAGAAAGAGCUAGAAGAUGAAGAAUCAGGUGUCACAUGGAAACUUGACUCGCAGAGUGGUGGUAAGAAGAAAAAGAAGGGGAAGAGAGCAAAGUAUCUGGGCGAGGCUGCUAGCGACGAAGAGGAUCCGUGGGAAGCAUUGAAGAAGAAACGCGGCGAGACGAAAGCCGGCUUGCACGAUGUCGUUAAGGCGCCACCGGAGUUUACCGUCAAGCCGCAGAGGAAGAUGACUGUUAGAGGCGCAGCGGUCGAGAUUGACGGUAUUCCGAAGGCUGCGGGAAGCUUAAGACGAAGAGAGGAGUUGCAGACUGUGAGGGACGAUAUUGUCGCCUCCUACCGGAAGUUGAUGAGCGAGAAACGGCCAUCUUUGCAUACGACCUAA